CUGCACCCCCUGGGGCUGUCACCCAGCUGGUGUCUCCGGGGACUUCACCAGGAAGUGACACUUUCCAUUUCGUGUCACACUCGGCUGCCACAGAGGGAGGCUGGGGAAGGGGGUUGCUGCUCCCCCCCAUAGCUGUGGGGUGCACAGCGAGAGAAAGAGGGAAGGAUGGAAGAGGAUGUCAUGUAUGCUGAGCUGCGCCUGCCCCCUGCACCAGCCCCUGUGCAGACAGCACGGAUGUCCUGGCACUGGGCAGCCCUCAGCCUUGGAGCCCUGUCCCUGCUGCUCCUCCUGGCACAGAUCAUCCUCGUUGGAUUGAGCUUCCACUAUUUAGCCCGACAGGCAAGCUGCUGUCGUGGUCCUCAGUGCAUGGAGAACCUCAACUCUGGGCUACAGGCUUUGCAAGGGAGCUGCCAGUUCUGCCCAGCUGGCUGGCUGUGGCAUGCAGGGCGCUGCUAUUACUUCUCCUCAGCCAAAAGGAGCUGGGAGCAGAGCAAGGAGGAUUGCUGCUCCAGGGGAGCACAGCUGGCCAUCAUCCAAGCCAACAGCACACUGGCUUUCCUGACACGUGUGUCCCAUAUGGACGUCUUCCAUGUGGGCCUGAAGCGGAGCCUGUCUGGGCUUGAAUGGAAGUGGCUGGAUGGCACCGUGCUGCAGAGGCUCUUCCGAAUCCAACGUUCCACCAGCUCCUUCCUGGCCUGUGGCAGAGUGUCAGGAUCAGGGCUGUCUGGUGGUGACUGUAGGGAAGCCCACGGCUGGGUAUGCGAGAAAAGUGCCGUCAACCUGCAGUGGCUGCAGUCCUCACCACCUGCUUUCCUCUGGGGAAACACCACCUAUAUCUGUGCAAGGCCGUGAUGACCAUGGGGAUAGACAGUGCCCAGCACCCACACCUGCCUGCCAGGCACCCAGGGCACUGACUCUGUACUCACAGCUCUUCAUCCCUCCCCUUUGUUUAUUGUACGUUGCUAAUAAACUUUGACGCUCA